CGCCCGGGAGCCGAGGAGAGUAAAUACAACAGGAGCGCAAAAUGGCGGAACCGCCGAGCCUAAUGCAAGGCGCCCCCGCUGCCGUCUCGGAGAAAGAAUCGUUUGGCAAACUGCAAGCCCCACCCCGGGACCCGUCGGGUCCUCUGUCCGCCAAGAAGAUCCGGACUGAGGAGAAGAAGGCGCCGCGUAGACUGAACGGAGAAGGAGCCAGCAGCGGCAGCAGCAGGCAGCUGCAGUCUCCCGCCGCACCUUCGUCUCAGAGCUAUGGCAGCCCUGGGUCUUGGAGCUUUGCCGCUCUGUCCGCUGCCCCCUCCCCGUCGUCUGCUCGGAGCAAUUUCUCUUUCUCCGCUGGCACGGCCGUCCCCUCCUCUGUUUCUGCUUCCUCCCCUCAGCCGGUGCCGCGCAAACUGCUGGUGCCUCCUACGCUGCUGCACGCUCAGCCUCACCAUCUCCUGCUGCCCGGCGCCGCCGCCUCGGCCAGCGCCAAGCCGCGCAGACCCAAGGAGAAGCGAGAGAAGGAAAGAAGGAGGCACGGUCUCGGCGGGGCGGGCGAAGCUGGCGGGGCCUCCCGCGAGGAGAACGGGGAGAUGAAGCCGCUGCCGCGAGAUAAAAUCAAAGACAAAAUUAAAGAGAGAGAUAAAGAAAAGGAGAGAGAAAAAAAGAAGCAUAAAGUAAUGAAUGAGAUCAAGAAAGAAAAUGGAGAAGUAAAGAUUUUGCUGAAAAGUGGGAAGGAGAAACCAAAAACAAGUGUAGAAGACUUACAAAUUAAGAAGGUAAAGAAGAAAAAGAAAAAGAAACACAAAGAGAAUGAAAAACGGAAGCGUCCAAAAAUGUAUAGCAAAUCUAUUCAAACUAUCUGCUCAGGAUUGCUAUCUGAUGUUGAAGAUCAAGAAGCCAAAGGUAUCCUAAAUGAUAACAUAAAGGAUUACAGUGGAAAGAGUUUGGAUACCAAGAAUUAUGAUUCCAAAAUUCCAGAGAACAGCGAGUUUCCAUUUGUCUCAUUAAAGGAGCCACGGGUUCAGAACAACCUCAGAAGGCUGGACACUUUGCGGUUCAAACAACUCAUUCAUAUUGAGCACCAGCCUAAUGGAGGUGCAUCAGUUAUCCAUGCCUACAGCAAUGAACUCUCCCAUCUGUCUCCUGUGGAGAUGGAGAGGUUUGCAGAAGAGUUUGUGGAUCUGGUGUUCAGUGAAAAUGAGAACUCUGCAGCUUUCUAUGUAAUGGGUAUUGUUCAUGGGGCAGCUACUUAUUUACCUGAUUUUUUAGACUACUUUUCAUUUAAUUUUCCCAAUUCACCAGUGAAAAUGGAGAUAUUGGGAAAGAAGGAUAUAGAGACAACGACUAUGUCCAAUUUUCAUGCUCAGGUAAAAAGAACAUAUUCUCACGGUACUUAUAGAGCCGGCCCAAUGAGACAAAUCAGCCUGGUGGGAGCAGUUGAUGAAGAAGUGGGAGAUUACUUCCCUGAGUUCCUCGACAUGUUGGAAGAUUCACCAUUUUUAAAAUGUACACUGCCCUGGGGGACACUAUCUAGUUUAAAAUUAGAGAGUCGGAAAGAUAGUGAUGAUGGUCCCAUCAUGUGGGUGCGCCCGGGAGAACAGAUGAUCCCUGUGGCUGACAUGCCAAAGUCACCUUUCAAAAGGAAAAGAACUACCAAUGAAAUAAAAAACCUGCAGUACCUACCUCGAACUAGUGAGCCCCGUGAAAUGCUCUUUGAAGACAGAACAAGAGCUCAUGCAGAUCACAUAGGACAAGGUUUUGAACGACAGACUACAGCUGCCGUUGGAGUGUUGAAGGCCGUGCACUGCGGAGAGUGGCCUGAUCAACCCCGAAUAACCAAAGAUGUAAUUUGUUUUCAUGCUGAAGAUUUCUUAGAAGUAGUUCAACGAAUGCAGUUAGAUUUACAUGAACCUCCACUGUCCCAGUGUGUCCAGUGGGUUGAUGAUGCAAAACUUAAUCAACUGAGGAGGGAAGGCAUUCGCUAUGCCAGGAUUCAGCUGUAUGAUAAUGACAUUUAUUUUAUUCCAAGGAAUGUUGUUCAUCAGUUCAAGACAGUUUCAGCCGUAUGCAGUUUAGCAUGGCAUGUUCGGCUCAAGUUGUAUCAUUCACAGGAGGACACUGCUCAGAAUACAGUUACUCAUGAAACAGACACAUCACCAGAUUCCACAUCAUCAGUUCUUGGACCUCACACUGACAGCACGAUUUGUGCUGUAAGCAAAACCUCCUUGGAUUCUAUUUUUUCAGACAAACUUCAUUCUAAAUAUGAAUUACAGCAGAUUAAACAUGAACCUGUUGCAUCUGUAAGAAUCAAGGAAGAACCUGUGAAUGUUUAUAUUCCUGAAAAGACUGGAGGACCGAAUAAUAUGGAUAGCAAGAAUGUUAAAGCAAAAUUGGAUCAUGUUCAAUUUACAGAAUUUAAGAUUGAAGUGGACUCUAAAUUUGAAAAUAGCAACAAAGAUUUAAAGGAAGAAUUGUGUCCUGGAAGUCUCAUAAGUCUAGUUGAUACAAGGCAACAUAGUUCAACACAUUCAAAUCAAGAGAGAAAAGAUGAUGACAUUUUGUGUUAAAUUUGUACAUACCAUUUAAAUUUUUUUUCCCUAAACUUAAUAGUGUAAUAAAGAUUCAUGAAUUCUGAAAGCAAGCGGAGGACUUGCUCCCAAGUCUGUUACAAAAUAUAGUUUAAGUAGCUUUGUAACAUUCCUCAGUGCCUGUCCAUAACUGUGAAGUAGCAAAGCACUUAGGGCCAGAAGCACUGUCAACACUGCAGGUUUAAACAAAGCAGUCUUUAAAAAAAUCCUUUGAGUUGGAGUUGUAGGUUUUAGAAUAGAGCUGACAUUACCAUAUAUAUAUAUAUUUUGUAAUAUGAGCCAGAAUUCUUUUUUGACAAUUAAGGCUUUUCCAUAGUUUAUUUAUACCAGUUUUUUUUUUUUCCAUUUUAAAUGUGUCAGCACUGUAGUGUAAAUAGCUUUUAAAAAAUCUUUUUAGUGUGAUUUAUACUGAAAUGUGAGCCACUUAAUAAAGGUUCAUAACAAUAAACAUGUUUUCUGUCGGGUCUGCCAAAAAACAAAAAACAACAUUCAUUUAAAUCAUUUAUUUCAUCUGUUAUGUUUCUGCUGGUAUAUCAAGUGCUAAUGGAGUGCAACUGUAUGUAUUCAAAUCUAGUUAAUAUUUAAGUUCCCCACACUGUGCAAGCAUUUUUAAAACCAAGAUUCAGUUAUGAAAGCAUAUUUAUGUGUGUAUGUAUGGGAAUAUAUAUAUAUGUUACCAUAUUUUGCAUAACUUCCUAAAUCGCUGAAUGAGUAUGUGAAACUUCCUAUACUCCCUGGAAUAUAUUUUAAAAUAUUUCAAUGUUAAGAAGGCAGUUUAGGUAAUAGAAAAAUGUUAUAAGUUGGGAGAAAAAAGGUAUUUUAGUGGUAUCUAACCCUUCUAACUAAUGAAGUUAUGUGGCAGAUUAUAUAGCCCUAUUACGUGAAUUUUCUUUGUAGUGUGUGGAAUAAGAAGUGGAGAAAAUUUUCUUAUUAAUCAGCACCUAUACUGUAUCUAAUAGUAGCUGGGAAAAAAAUGCUCAGUUACAGAAAGUUUAAUUGCGUGCAGUUAAAAUAUUUUAUUACAUAUUUCUUGAGGAACAGGAGAAAAAGAUGGCAAAUACAGCAUAUUAAAAUAAGUGCAGUGACUUAACUGCCAUAUACAGAAGUAUAAUUAACAAAAUUUGUUACUUGAUCUUUCUAAGCAUCCCUCUCCCUACCUUACUAAAGUAAACAACUUAGAUUUUUUUUUUCUUUGAAAAGAAGCUCUGGAAAACUGGCAUAGGAAACAAGAUUGCCAGUGCCUCGCCAAAGAUGAUUAAAACAAAUCUCUUCAAUGAUGGACUUUAGCACUGUUUCAAAUUGCUUUCAUUAUUGUAAUAAAAGUCAAGCAAAUGUCUCUAAUGUUUGCUUUGAUGUUAAGAA